GCUCUUCAGGUUGUCAUAAAACUGUCGAGGGGAGAAGGCACCUUCUCUAGGACUCUCAGGAGAGAGAGAGGCAGAGGCAGGGUCUCCAAGCAAAAACCCUUGUGGGCUUUUCUGAGGAAAUCUUCAACAAUGUGGACCGUGACACUCCUUCUGUUCUUUGGAAAUAUUCUCUGCGGAUUACAGGCCAAUGAUCAGCUUUCAGAGCCGUUCUCUAAAAUUGUGCACUCAGAAACAGCUUCCCCUGCUCUCUUAAUAGAAGAAAGACAGAAAUUGAACAGCUCAGUUCAUCCAACCCAAGUAGCGGGAGCUAAAAUGCCACCUCCUAUGUGCUCAGAGUCCGCUAGAAUUAGAGACACUUUUAAAUGUGUUAAUAUUAUGGUAUCAGUGCUCGUGUUUGUUGUCGGAAUAGUGGGCAAUACAGCCUUACUUAAAGUCAUAUAUGUUAACAAAAAUAUGAGAAGCGGACCCAAUUUCAUUAUAGCAAGUCUUGCUUUAGGGGAUCUGAUCCAUAUUGUGAUUGACAUUCCAAUCAACUCAUACAGGCUUGUGGCAGAGGAUUGGCCCUUCGGUUUAGCACUAUGCAAACUCGUACCCUUCAUCCAGAAAACUUCUGUAGGGAUUACUGUGUUGAGCUUGUGUGCUCUUAGUGUUGACAGAUACCGUGCUGUUGUAUCCUGGAAUCAAAUCAAAGGAAUUUGGGUUUCUGUGUGGACAACAAUUGAAAUAACCCUGAUAUGGGUUGUUUCUAUCCUGCUGGCUGUCCCUGAAGUGGUCGCCUUUGAUAUGAUAACAAUGGACUAUAAAGAAAAGCAUCUCAGAAUAUGUCUGCUUCAUCCCAUGCAAACCACGCAGUUCAUGCAGUUUUAUAAAGCUGUAAAAGACUGGUGGCUCUUUGGGUUCUACUUCUGCAUGCCACUGGCAUGGACUGCAGUUUUCUACGCGCUGAUGACCAGGAAGAUGCUGAAAAAUACUGAGAAUACAUUGAGCGAUCACAUCAAACAGAGGAAAGAAGUUGCAAAAACUGUCUUCUGCUUGGUCAUGGUGUUCGCUGUCUGCUGGCUGCCUUUAUACCUCAGCAGAAUCUUAAAAUUAACCAUGUAUAAUGAGAAAGACCCCAACAGAUGCCAGCUACUUAGUGUCUUUCUUGUCCUCGACUAUUUUGGAAUCAACAUGGCGUCGCUGAACUCGUGCAUCAACCCUAUUGCAUUGUACAUAGUCAGCAAAAGAUUCAAGAAGUGUUUCAAGGCGUGCCUCUGCUGCUGGUGUCCGCCUCUUCAACCUGAAACCCGUGACGAGACUCAGGCCGUUUUGAAGUCCAGAAUGCAGGAUCAAGCCUCAGAGCAGAGCAGCAACAUCAAAGCUCACAAGGAGACCUCCACACCUCUGCCG